UCCUCUUGCGAGCCGACGACGACGACGACGACCGUCCCGUCGGUUGGGCCGCUGUCACACAGUCCCGUUUCGCUGCGCUUCUUGCAGCGGGGGGCGCUGAUCCAAACGGUCCCUUGCGCUGAUCCUCUGAACUCUGUCGCCCUCACGUACAUUCCUGCGACGCGCUUGCCUGCCACUGUCAUCGCGAGGGCAAGCUCGAGCGGCUCCUUCUGCUGCUGCUGCUGCACUCGACUUGUCUCGCGAGGCGGGCACGACGACGGCUCCGAGCUCCACGAGUGCGAAUGAGCAAUUUCUGGCCUGGCUGCCGGCGCGCUUGCAUGUGCGGAGCAUUGUGAGAUCACGACGACUAUAUUGGGCGGCCCGGACUAUGGAUGAGGAUGCCCGUGCCUUACACUUGGCUCUGGGACCUGCUUGCGUCGCUGCUCUAGCUGGCACGUCCGCCGUCCCCGAAACUAGGACUUUCGCCCUCUCGCGUCGUGGAGUCUAAAGCCCGGACCAUGGUCUCUCGUCCUGCCGAAGGUGGAUUUCUCGUGUUGCUAUGUCUCCGAUCGUUCGGCCGCAGGGGAUUGCUGCAGGGUGUCGAAUGUGGGUGAAUUGAAUUCUCGAGGGGUUUGGGACGGCGUGAGCUUGCGGUAGGAUCGGUGGUGGACAAGAGUUGCUCGUCUAUCGUAGCGCACAGGAAGGGUUUUGGUAAAUUUGAGAAGCUUUUCCGUCGAGGGACGAAGAGGAAGGCAGAGGUUCGAGUCAAUCGAGGAGUCCGGCGAGCUACAGCUGCGUGGAGGAAGGCAUCAGACGAGCAUGAUGUGAGGUAGGUCGUUGCUUCCAGAACAACGAUCAAAGAGGAUUAGAAAUGGUGGACGUCGAACAUCGGGUAUCGUCCCACGCGCAGUACGCAGGCCUCAAGCGACUCUCGGCGCGAGCUCAUGCUGGCACGGCCCCCACCAGCAGUGGGGGCCGCCGUGUAUAUUUCUCGUUUGCUGCAUACGCUCGCACUGUCAUUGAUCACUUGAGAAGUUGCCGCGUUCCAAUCGAGAAGGGCCUUACCGAUGAGGAAUUUGCUCGAGUGGAAGCUGCUUUUUGCUUCACGUUCCCUCCUGAUUUGAGGGCUAUCUUGGCCGAGGGGCUGCCCGUGGGAGAUGGGUUUCCAAAUUGGCGUCAUGGCUUCUCUCACAAUCUGCAGAUGAGGUUUGAUCUGCCUAUUGCUGGGCUUCUUUACGAGGUGGCCAGAGGAAAUGUCUGGUGGAAACAAUGGGGACCUCGGCCUGUAGAUACGGAACAAGCCGUCCGACUCGCGCUCAUUGCCUUACGCAAAGCGUCCACCAUGGUCCCGGUGUAUAGCCAUUGCUACAUCCCCGCGUCUCCGAACAUCGCCGGGAACCCAGUGUUCUUCGUGUACAGGAAGGAUGUCUUCGUGUGUGGAAUCGACAUUGCGGAUUUCUUUCAAAGAGAGCUGUUUGUUUCGCAUGGCUACGAGGCUCCGAGGAAUUUGCCGGACCUCAACGAGUGGGUCGAUGAUGGCAGCAGCAGGGUCGCGAGAAUGGGCAGCGGGCGGGAUUUGUUCAAGGACCGAGGCAGGCUAGUCUCCGGGAAGGAGAAUUUUCUCGUGCCCGGCCGAGUGUGUGAAGACGAGGCACACGAGCAACAACAUUACGAGACUGGUCCUGCCGCCUGGCGUGGGUCGGAUAACCUAGGGGAAAACAGCGAAGAAACAGAGAAGAAGUGGGAGGUGCUCGAAAAAGAUUUCGAGUCAUGGGGUCGGAGUCUGGACUCUCUGGUCGCCAAGCAUCCGGAAGUGCUCUUCAAGAGCUUGGACAAUUUUGGCAGGAGGCCGAGUUCGAAGGGUUUUGAUUGUCACCACAGACAUUACACCCUUUCCAGAUCGACGACAUCGGGGUCGGCUAAAAACCCUGCGCAGGAUUGCGUAUCAAGAUUCAGUUUUUUCGAGGAAUCUCCCAUUUCUACGAGAACGCUCACUCAUUUCUCGAUGAAUGCACCGACCUGGGCUUCCAAAGCUCGUCGCAUCGAAUUCUGGAGCGAAGUCACGGAGAAACGGAACUCGUCGAAUCUCCUGGCAUCCGAGAACUUAUUCUCGGCGCACAAAGUCGAUGUGGAUCUGGCAAACUUUUCGCCUCGCUGUGCGGAGGAUCAGGCUUUGACACCGUACAGAAAUACAUUUUUGCCGAAAUGGCUUGUAAACUACUUUGAAGAUAUUACCCUUCGUCUGCGCAAAGGUGGAUGGAAAGAAGCUGAGAUCGAUGAGAUGAUGGAUCCGCAUCCUCUACCCAAGAAGGUUCAGGACAGCUCCGUGGAUAAGCAGUCCGUGCUCGACUCCUUGGCACGACAGGCGGAAAUUAUACAAGCUACUCUGAGAGCAGCAGGUUGGAGUAUGCGAGAUGUUGCAGACGUGCUUACCGCGGACCUCAGAGAUCCACACAAACGAUCAACUACGCACAUGUCUUCCGAACUCGCAACGCGUAUCAGCACAUUUGCAGAGUAUGUUGUAAACGUCUGACAAUGAAUAUGAGAGAGAGAGAGAGAGAGAGAGAGAGAGAGAGAGAGAGAGAGAGAGAGAGAGAGAGAGAGAGAGAGAGAGAGAGAGAGAGAGAGAGAGAGAGAGAGAGAGAGAGAGAGAGAGAGAGAGAGUUCUUAUGUCGUCAAGACUACAAUUAGGAUCGAUACUUUGAGCAGUAGAUAGAUUUCACACAGAUUGUCAAGCACCUGCAACAAUCUGGGCAAGCACUUGCCCACUGUCUAUAUUGUUACAUUGUCAAAUUGCAUCAAGCAAUAGGUAAAUCGGGGCAGGCUUAGCCAGGUAAGAGUUAUUCUUUAAGAUCAGCGAUGAAAGCUUGAAGACGAGGAGGGAUGUGCACAGAAGAAGCCUUCUGCUUUCAUCCGCUUUACUUACGAGACGUCGUCUACAAAUCUUUGUUCCAGCAAUGCUGGCUUAUUGAGUGUAUGUAAAGCUCUAGGGCCUUUCAGUAU